UGCUGUUCCCCCGCCAUCCCAGCACUCAACCGGAGCAGGUACAAUAUUCAGACCGGCCCCCUUGAGCUGAGCUGCAGGGAUGCCGUGUUCUGCAAACAUGGGAGCAAGAUGUAUCCACUUUGGGUAAACCCUCUCUGCCCUGCCAGCUGAGCAUCCUGUCCCAUCCACCUCCCUGAGAACAGCGGAGGUUCUUCUGGCCUGGAAAGCCUGCUGGGUCUGGGCCAAGUCCGGCGUGGAGAUGGAGAACAACACCGUGGCUGCGGUGACAAACUCCUGCACCUUCCAUGAAGAGUUCAAGCAGAUCCUGCUGCCCCUGGUCUACUCCGUGGUGUUUGUGGUGGGGCUCCCCCUGAACUUCAUCGUCAUUGUGCAGAUCUGGCUCUCCAGGAAAGUGCUGACCCGCACUGCCAUCUACAUGCUGAACCUGGCCACGGCCGACCUGCUGUACGUGUGCUCCCUGCCGCUGCUCAUCUACAACUACACGCAGAAGGACUACUGGCCCUUCGGGGACUUCACCUGCAAGUUCGUCCGCUUCCAGUUCUACAGCAACCUGCAUGGCAGCAUCCUGUUCCUCACCUGCAUCAGCGUCCAACGCUACCUGGGCAUCUGCCACCCUCUGUCGUCCUGGCACAAGAAGAGGGGCAAGAGGUUUACCUGGAUGGUGUGUGGUGGGGUGUGGGUCAUUGUCAUCGCCCAGUGCCUGCCCACCUUCGUCUUUGCCUCCACGGGCAUCCAGAGAAACAGAACCGUGUGCUACGACCUCAGUCCCCCGGACCGCUCCGCCAGCUACUUCCCCUAUGGCAUGACGCUGACAGUCACGGGGUUCCUCAUCCCCUUUGUCUUCAUCCUGGUGUGCUACUGCAGCAUGACCAAGCUGCUCUGCCAGAAGGAUGAGAUGAUAGGCCUGGCCGUGCGCAAAAAGAAGGACAAGGCCAUCCGUAUGAUCAUCAUUGUGGUCAUCGUCUUCGCCAUCAGCUUCUUCCCCUUCCACCUGACCAAGACCAUCUACCUGAUCAUCCGCUCCUCGGCGGGCGUGCCCUGCCUGGUCUUGCAAACCUUCGCCAUCGCCUACAAGUGCACCAGGCCCUUUGCUAGCAUGAACAGCGUCCUGGACCCCAUCCUCUUCUACUUCACCCAGCGCAAGUUCCGGGACAGCACGCGCCACCUGCUGGACAAAGUGAGCUCCAAGUGGAGGCACGACGCAUGCCGCACCUACAAAUCGUAGGCUCUGGGGAAAGGAGAAUGAGGGGGGAUGUUCUGCUGGGCGGAGGCAGAGGACUGAAUGGCUGUAGCUUUAUUGCAGCCAGCUCUGCUUUACCCAGCAACAGGGAGAGAGAGAGCAGGAGGCAAGGGCUGAUGGUCCUGAGCAUAGCGCUGGGAGCCAGGAGCUUCUUAGUUCUACUCCCAGUUCUGGCCAUGGGUGGGUCACUUGGUCUCUCUGUGCCUCAGUUUCCCCAUCUGCAGAAUGGAGAACAAUACUCUGUAAAUAAUAGGUAAAGUGAUGCUGACCUGCCUCACACCUUGGUCAGGGCCCGGAAAGUGCUCUGAGGAUGGACCAGGCUAAGAACAGUUUAUCCAUAAAAUUCCAGCAAAUGGCCUGAGCUGGGAAAGGUUACAGUACAGUUGGAAAGAGGGAAGUGAAAAUAAUUGGGCACAGGCUUUGGGGCUGGGCUAGGUGGUGUCCGAUGCAGUAUUAGUGCGGUUACUGUGGUGCACCGCAGCUGUCGCCUGUGAGGAGGAGCAGGACUUUUUGUAGAUCGGCUGCUCACUAUUAACUGCUGCUCUCUCUGUGGAUUUCAGCAGAACUGCUGAGGAACUGGUGGUCGUUGCCACAGAUCUCUGACUGGCAAAGCCCUAGCAACCACGCGUGGGGCUUUGCAGUGACUUGUGCUACUCACACUGAUUACAAUGGGCCACAGUCCAUGCCAAUGGAGUUGCAGCACGGAUGGGUUGGUCCCAACGCGUUUCAUUGAGAAUGAAGUUUCCAGUGGAUUUGGGGGAUCAGUUAUUAGCAAGUAGUUCAGUGCUUCCUCUGCUUUACAACUACCUAGAUUUUGUGGACAAAAAUCUCUCCCCACGUCAGUCCCCUACAGAAGAGAUCACCUCUGAGAACCAGCAGUUCGGGAAUGGGGGAAUCAGCUGCUGCUUGCCAAUGCACGAAUUACUGGGAUCUGGCCAGCUUAUCCACCAGCCAGUGUUUUAUCACUGCUUUGCCACAGUAAUUCAGCUGAGUUUCCCAAGCAGAAAGCUGCUUUACUAAUGCAAGGAAAACCUACACUGGGAAUUUAGAGAAGACAGUAGGUGUCCUGGGACCACAUGAGUCUACAAAAGGAUUGAUCCAUAUGGGAGGACAGAAAAAUUGAAAUCUAGCGAGUACAUCUACAGUAUUAUUGGCUGUUAACGAUGAGGACACAGUCAUUAAGCUAACCUGACUGCUACAGUCCGAUUCAAUUCUAUCUAGGUCGUCUUACAACUCUCAUCACCGUAAUACCUGAGUAUCUUACAGUGCAAUCUUCCUGGUUUCUACUGUUUUAAAGAUUCACCAGUUGCCUGACUGGCUCUAAUAAGGCUCUGGUGUGUUUUUAUUUUAUUGUAUUUUUGUGCACCCUCGUUAGAAAAGAAUUCUCACAUCCUCUCCAGCAUUUUGAGCUAAGAUCUAGUUCAUGGGAAAUUUUAAUCUUGUGGGGGUUUUAAAAAAGGAACUGGAAACCAGAGUAUUUUUAAAGAAUUGCCAAGCUAGCUGCAGUGUUUUUAUGAUAACGCUGGUUUAGUGUGUAUAAGCAUGUUUCCCUCUAGUGGCAGAUCCCAGAUACAAGUCUGCUACUUAAUUUAGCUCAUGCAAUAGACCUGUGUUUUUGAAGAUGACAGGUUCAGCCCCCACUGGAGUUGGCGUAUGCGCGGCCACAUCUCCUGACAGGCUGCGCUGGGCUUUUUAAGCAAGUCAGUUCUGUUGUGACCCAUCACUGACUAACAUUUCAUUUGGGUGUGGGAGUGCAAGAAAUGAUGGGAAUGACUGUCAGUGCUUACUCCUGAGAUGGUUCUUGAUUAGCAGCAGAAACUAGCCAGUGAGUAUGUGCAGGGUAUGAAAUAAGAGUUGAAGAAUUUAAGUGAACAAAGGUGGAGUCAACCUACUGGGCCAAAUCCAGCCCUGGGGUAAUGGAGCACAACUCAGAUGAAAUCACUUUGAAGUUUGUGGAGUUGCAUCUGCUGACAGCGGGGGUGAAUUUGACGCAGUGGGAAAGUGUAGGUGCUAUAUCUUCCUGUGCUGGGCGCAUUUGAAAUCAGUGUUGAGACAAGUAGCCAGACCUCUCCUAGGCACUACUCUGAGCAGUAAGGUGCCAUCUAUCUACCAGCACAAUCACGUCACAGCCACUUGUGCCAUUGUCCUCUGAGCUGUUUAUGGGAUGACUGUCCUCUUGGCCGAUGGACCAGGUGUUGAACCAGGGAUCCCAGAGCUAAAAGCAUAAGCACUUACAGUGUGAGCUAGGAACCUAGCUCCUCUAGUGCAUAGCUGUAACAGCUUCUGUCACUGCAGAUCCUCUUCUCCAGCCUGCCACUCCCAUGGCUGGGAGGUAAUGGAGACUAGGGGACCCAAACCUCUGUUAAUGCUCCCCGCCGCAGCCCUGGGGUGGGCCACGGAAGGGCUCAGAGCUCCUCUGAGCAACCCAGGCUAAGGACUCAGUCCCGGCCAGCCAGCUGGGGCUAAGGACUCCUCCGGACUGCUCCAGGCGCCAGCAGGCUGUCUGAGGCUCGGGGCUGCUCCGAGGGGCUGGCCAGAGCUCGGGGCUGUGCCAGCGGGCCAGCCAGUGAGAGCAGAGGGGCAACAGGGGCAUCAGGCGAACGGGGCAGGGCCUUGGGCACAAGAGGCAGGGCAGGGGGCUAUCCUCCCCAAACAGGAAUGAAUAUGCCACCUGUGGCCACUCCUUUCCAGUCCUCGCACCUCUCCCAAUCUCAUCUCCUUGGCAGCUCCCUCUCUCUCGCUAACCAUAGAAUCCCAGAAGUGUAGGACUGGAAGAGACCUCAGGUGUCCCCUGCACCAAGGCGGGACUAAGUAAUAACUUGACCAUUCCUGAAAGGUGUUUGUCUAACCUGCCUCUUAAAGCCUUCCCGUGAUGGAGCUUCUACAAUCAUCGCCAUGAGCUGCACUCUAGUCAUUUGCACUGAAGAAUAAUCCCACUUCCCCGACAGGAGCUUCUUUCCCAUGAAGCUCUGCGCAGAACUCAUUUGCAUAAUGCUCUUCACUGUAGUCCUUUGUGGCAAAGGCUGGGUUGCCUUCUGUGUUUGUGCAACGCCUCGCAAAGUGGGGCCCUGAAUGAGACUUUGAGGGACUUCCGAAAUCCAAAUAAAUAGUAUAGUGUGAAUCCAUCCCUACCGCUCUGUACCAGUGCAUUCUGGGAAAACUAUCCCAUAGUGCCUUAGCAGGCGAUAGCAUGCCCAGACUAGAACUAGCAGCAUGUGUAGCAAUGCCUUCUGGGAUGUCCUACCAUCCACACAGCUGGGAGGGAGCAGGCUUGGCCGAGCCAGUGAUGCAGGCCUGGUGUGGGGGUACCAUGGACACUGCAAAGGAAACAUUGUGCCAAAGCAGUUCUAGGAAAGCAUCUGGGGUUCAGGCAGGGGUGGAACUGCUGCCAUGGUUGCUAACCAGGUGUUAGUGGUGGAGGCAAGCCAAGCAGGCCACUGCCUGGCUAUAGACGCUACUAGCAGUUGUACUAUGGACGCUGUAAGGUCAAAAGCAAAACACCCACUGAGCCAACAGGUGGCAUGUCACCACAUCCACACACACAAGUCCCACAGAGUGUCCGUCACUGUAACUCUUAGCCAUUCACUGGACACCACAGCUGCAAACGCUAGAUCUGAACCACCAGUUCUUGCCCACUUAAAGCUCCCCCUGAACACGCAUCAGGCCUUGCCUAGGGGGAACUGAGAGGCUAAACCGCCACCAUCUGGUGCAUGUGUUUUGAGAAGCUGUAGAGGGACUUUGUGUGGAGUAACCAUAGCGUUACCAGCCCGGCCCCAGGUGUAACUCUACACUCAGCAUAGGCGCUGACUUGUAAUUUUCCCCAGGGGUGCUCCACCCCCACUCCGCUCCUUCCCCCGAGGUCCCACCCUCGCUCCACCUCUUCCAGUCCCCAUUCCAACCCCUCCUCCAAAGCCAACGCCUGCUCACUGCUCUCUGCCCUCCCGCUAGUGCCUCCCCCGGCUGCCGAACAGCUGAUCGGCGGCGCCCCUUGGGCCCCAGAGCACCCAUGGGAUCGGUGCCUGUGCCUUUAGGGCUGACCCAAAGCCCAGUGACGUCAGUAGGAAAAACUCCCAUUGACUGAAUGGGCUUUGGAUUGGGGCAUUUCUACUGGUUGAUUCUGGAAUUUGAAAAGCUCCUAGAGAGAGUUCUAAUGCAGCUCUUUGGCCUGGAGGGACCUGCCCCAGCCUGGCAUCUCCCCAGAGUGGCCCUGUCUCUGGAGCUGAAUGACUGGUUGUCAGGCCUCCUUCUCCUUGGUGGAGCUCACCGGGUCUGAGUGACAUUUGCUUGAGAGCAGCGCCCUCUGUUUGGGCCAAAUCCAGGCUUGGAGUAAAUAGGAUCAUUUCCACCGUAGUCCGUCAGCCGGCAAAACUCCCAGAUGCUUCAGUGGCUCUAGGUUCAGUGAUUCUCAGACUUCAGUGGUCCAGGAGCCAAAUCAGCCAUCAACAGUAGCCCCAGGAGUGUGAAUUCAUUGUUUCAUUGACUAUUUUUAUAUCUAUAUAAGUAUUCUCACAGCAAAAUGGCUGACC